AUGGCGGAGGUAGCAGCCAGUCAGCCAGAAUCUACAUCUGUUCAACCUCCGCACGCCGAAGCACCACUGCCUCAGCCUGAAGAUGAGACACCUCAAGUUGCAGUGGUUGAUACAGAGGAGAAGGAGAAGUUGGAAAGAGUGAUUCAGUCCGACAUUGGGGUUUCGACCCUUCUAAAUAGGCUGAAGCAAAGCAUCAGUUCCGCCAAAGACUUUGCGACCUUACUACGCAAGCGCGCCUCGCUCGAAGAAGACCAUGCCCAGGGACUCAAGAAACUGUCGCGUGCGAUGCACGAUUCUUCGUUGCGCCCGGAUAACCGCCAGGGCACCUUCGCACGGAGCUACGAUGACAUGAAUAAAGUACACGACCGCAUGGCGGACCAUGGCCUGCAGUUCUCGCUCUCCCUACAUAAAAUGUCGGAUGAUUUGAACGAGCUCGCCGCAAGCAUUGAACGAGGCCGCAAACAUUGGAAGCAGAAUGGGUUGUCCGCAGAAAAGAGAGUUCAGGAUGCCGAAUUAGCAGCUGAAAAGGCAAAGUCAAAAUAUGACGGCUUCGCAGAGCAAUACGACCGUGCCAGGACCGGAGACCGCCAGCCAGGGAAGUUUGGUCUUAAGGGUCCAAAGUCCGCUGCGCAAUAUGAGGAAGAGUUGCUUCGAAAAGUACAACAUGCAGACACGGAUUAUGCGAACAAGGUGCAGGCAGCUCAAACGUUAAAACAGGAGCUGAUUGCUACGCUCCGGCCUCAGGCCACGAACGCUCUCCAGGACUUGAUCAAUGAGUGUGAUUCUGCACUGGCUCUCCAAAUGCAGAAAUUCGCGUCCUUUAGCGAAAAACUUCUGCUAGGAACUGGGUUAUCAGUGAGCCCGCUGAGAAACAAUGGUGCCGGAGAUGCGCCCAUACCAAAAAGUCUCCGGGACGCUGCUCGUCAAGUUGACAAUGAGCGCGACUUCAAAGAUUAUAUCAUGAGCCAUUCCUCAAAAGCUAACUCCAACUCUAACUUGAUCAAAUACGAGCGUCAUCCUACCCUCAUCACUCCACAAACGCAAAAUGCGAGCGCUCACCCCAAGAGGCAAUCACUCAGCAUCCAUUCCACCCCAGCCAUUCCACCCCCAACAGCAGCCCAGUCUUUCGCUCAAAUGACUCCUCAAAAUGCCCCGCCUGCUCCCGCCCAGAUGCAGCAUGCUGUGCAGCCUCCGCAACCUCCUCCGUCUUUCCCCCAUCCAACUCAGGGAGCUUUUAUUACUCAGUCGCCACCACAGCACCUCCCCAUGCCUUAUCCUCCUCCUGUUAUACCCCAUCAAACUUUUGCUUCCGCGCCUCCACGUUCGAGUUUGGACCGCCCGGCCUCCAGUUCAGGACAACAUCCAGAUCUGCCCCCGUUGAACCCCGUUUUUGGCGUUAGCCUGGAAGAUCUAUUCCGAAGAGAUGGCACAGCAAUCCCAAUGAUCGUCUAUCAAUGUAUUCAAGCUGUCGAAUUAUUCGGGUUGAAUUUGGAGGGAAUAUACAGGCUGUCUGGAAAUACUUUGCAUAUCCAGCGGAUGAAGGCAUUGUUCGAUAACGACUCCAGCCAAGUUGAUUUCACCAAUCCUGAAAGUUUUUACCAUGAUGUAAAUAGCGUUGCUGGUCUCAUGAAACAAUUUUUCCGGGAGCUGCCGGACCCAUUAUUUACGAAUGAUCGUUACCAAGAUUUUAUCAAUGCUGCUCGCAAGGAGGAUGAUAAUCAACGUCGAGACACUCUACAUGCUCUGAUCAAUAGCCUUCCAGAUCCUAACUAUGCCACACUCCGGGCAUUAGUCUUGCACUUGAACCAUGUGCAGGAGCGGUCCUCCGAAAACAGAAUGAAUGCUGGAAAUAUUGCCAUAAGUUUUGGGUUGACCCUUAUGGGCUCCAGUGCUGGCCACAGCAUUGCGGAUUCAGGCUGGCAAGCACGGGUCAUUGAGACAGUUCUGCAAAAUACAUUCCAGAUUUUUGAUGACGAUUGA